AUGUAUACCACACCACACCUCUCCAAAGUCCUCACCCUAUCCACUCUUGCAUUAUCCAUCAUAACGAGAGCGGAUAUAUGUUCAACCGUCCAAACCGAAACAAACGCCGUCCAAAAACCUCUGUCAAUCGCCUACGAGUCCGAACUCCAAAACUACUGGUCCGAAGCCUGCUCUGCUCUUCGCCCAACAUGCAUCGUCUUCCCGACCAGCGCCGAAGAAGUUUCCGAAAUAAUCACAUCAUUGCAUGGAACUGAUGACCUGUUUCAAAUCAAGUCCGGGGGUCAUAUGCCCAAUAAUGGAUUUUCGAGUAUUCAGGGAGGAUUACUGAUCGCGACGAAGGAGUUGAAUAAUGGGGUUGCGUAUGAUGCAGAGACGCAGACGGCCAAGAUUGGGCCGGGACUUACAUGGGCUGAGGCUCAGAGUGGGCUUGAGGGGACGGGGAGGACGGUUGUUGGUGGGAGAUUGGGUGGUGUUGGUGUUGGGGGGUAUAUCCUUGGCUGCGGACUGAGUUUCUUGAGCUCUCAAUACGGCUGGGCGGCGAAUAAUGUAGUCGACUUUGAGGUUGUUUUGGCUAAUGGAACAGUCACCCAUGCCAAUAAUUCAACCAACACAGAUCUAUUCGCCGCUCUAAAAGGGGGCGGAAACAACUUCGGCAUCGUCACGCAAUACACCCUCCAAACACAACCCAUCUCGGAUCAGGUCUGGGGAGGCGUCCUAACAUUCUCAUACGACAAAUCCACAAAACUACUCCAAGCGAUCCGCGACUUCACCGAAUACUACCCAGACGAUAAGGCGGCUAUCAUACCUACCUGCGAGCACACGGCGCUUUUCACAGAGUGGUUUGUAUUUGUGUUCUACGAUGGUCCCACGCCUCCAGAUGGAAUCUUCAGUAACUUCACGAAUCUUGGGGCGGAUUUGAAUACGGCCAAGACGUGGGAUUCUUAUCAUGAUUUGCUUCAAGAUAAUGAUAAUUAUGAUUUGCAUGGACAACGCUACGGCAUCGCAACCGAGACAACACCUCUACCAAACGCAACCGUUGGACUGGAGGUCAUGACAACUCUAUUCGAAACAUUCUACAACGUUACGUCCGAAGUACUCCUCGACACAGGGGUAAUCGGCACAAUCGCAUUUCAACCUAUGCCACGCACCAUCACUAGUAAAGCGAUUGCCUUGGGCGGAGACCUCCUGUCCUUCCCCUCCACAACAGACUACUUAAUCAUGGAACUCGAUAUUUCCCACUCUUUCGCCUCUGACGACGAUACCACCGAAGCCGCGCUACAACAGCUCUAUACAGCACUAGAUAAUCACAUCCAAAACUUCAUUAGUCAAGGGAUAUUACCAGAUGUGUAUAGACCACUAUUCAUGAACGAUGCACACGGAACACAGGAUUAUUGGGGCAGGAUAAGUACGGUGGAGAUGGCGCGGGGUGUUAGAGAGAAGUAUGAUCCGGAAUUGUUUUGGCAGAAGAGGACUAGUGGGGGGUUUAGGCUUGGAUGA